AAAUCCGGAGACGCGACAGACGCCGUGCACUCGUGAUCGGGUCCCACGAAUGCACAAUGCUCGAAACUUAUCCAAAUCACAUCUGACAAUCCAAACUCAGAUAAGAUAUUUCAAAAUUAAUUCCCUAUGACCAAACACGACUUAACCUCAAAAUCUCCAGAUCAAAUCUCUUAUAAACUAACUAUCCACUAAAUGAAUUUACAAUCUCCAAUUAAAAUCUCGCUUACAAGAUCAUCAUUUAUAUCUAAAAUCCAUAUUCAAUUUACACAAUGGCUAGCCUUCUAACUCGUCACUCCCCUCGAUUUCCCUCGUCCUCAGUAUCGCUUCCUGAAAUGGUGGACAAGGAAAACUAUGAAAUAACUCAGUAAGUAAUUAUGGAUAGCCCUUGGUAAAACUUUAGCAUGCUAGAUAAACAGUUUAAUAUAACCAAAACGCUCAGUGACAAAAUCAGAUUCAGUUCAAUUGUAAAGCAUUCAAAGACGACCCGUCCAUGCAGAAGAAAAUUCAGUUCAGUAGUCUUAUCUAUAAGUCAUGGCCAGUGUUUAAAAACUCCCACUGGCAGGCGUCAGUAAUGGUACCAGUGUUUACAAACUCCCACUAGCAGGCGUCAGUAAUGGUACCAGUGUUUACAAACUCCCACUGGCAGGCGUCAGUAAUAAUACAAAAUGUUUAACCCCAUUGGUAGGGUUUCAGAAGUACUAGUGUUUACAAACUCCCACUGGCAGGCGUCAGUAAGGGUAUCAGU